CCUCCUCCAGUUCCAGCCCCAGCCCUGGCUAGAGAGGAGGAGUGAGCGGCUGCCAAAGCCAUGGCCAUCCGGACCCAGCUGGGACGAUGCUGGGGAGCCGGGCCGGGGAGCCCCGAGGCCCCCCUGGCACGGCUUUUGGGGCUGCUGCUGCUGGCGAUGGCAGGGCUGGACACCCGGGCCGGGGCAGACCCCCCCGCGUUGGCCAGCCGGCCCGUGGCCCUGGAAGAGGAGAUCGUGUCCGAGAAGGCGGCCGAAGCAAGCCAUCGCCAAGACAGCGCCAACCUGCUCAUCUUCAUCCUCCUGCUGACCCUCACCAUCCUCACGAUCUGGCUCUUCAAGCACCGCCGGGCGCGCUUCCUCCACGAGACCGGACUGGCGAUGAUCUAUGGUGUCCUAGUGGGCGUCGUCCUUCGUUAUGGUAUCCACGUUCCCAGUGAUGUUAACAAUGACACCUUAAAAUGCCAAGUGCAGACAAGCCCUGCCACUCUGCUCCUCAACAUCAGUGGAAAAUACUACGAAUAUACCCUCAAGGGGGAAAUCAGCCCCCAUGAACUGAAUAAUGUUCAGGAUAAUGAAAUGCUCAGAAAGGUGACAUUUGAUCCCGAAGUGUUUUUCAACAUCUUACUUCCACCAAUCAUAUUUUAUGCAGGAUACAGCUUGAAAAGGAGGCAUUUUUUCCGCAACCUUGGAUCCAUCCUAGCAUAUGCAUUCCUAGGAACAGCAAUUUCCUGUUUUGCGAUAGGAUCCAUCAUGUAUGGUUGUGUUGCUCUGAUGAAAGUUACAGGACAGCUUGGGGGAGAUUUCUACUUCACUGAUUGUCUCUUGUUUGGUGCCAUCGCUUCAGCUACUGAUCCAGUGACUGUGCUUGCCAUAUUCCAUGAGCUUCAAGUUGAUGUUGAGUUGUAUGCCCUCCUCUUUGGUGAAAGUGUUCUCAACGAUGCAGUUGCCAUUGUUCUGUCUUCUUCAAUUGUAGCUUACCAACCAGCAGGUGACAACAGCCACACUUUUGACCUCACAGCAAUGUUCAAGUCCAUUGGGAUUUUCCUGGGGAUAUUCAGUGGAUCAUUUGCUAUGGGAGCCGCCACGGGAGUUGUCACUGCUUUGGUCACUAAGUUCACUAAACUCCGUGAGUUCCAGCUUUUGGAAACUGGCUUGUUCUUCCUGAUGUCUUGGAGCACCUUUCUGUUAGCUGAAGCUUGUGGCUUUACCGGUGUUGUAGCAGUUCUGUUUUGUGGCAUUACUCAAGCGCACUACACAUACAACAACUUGUCCACCGAAUCUCAGCACAGAACUAAGCAGUUAUUUGAGCUUCUCAACUUCUUGGCUGAAAACUUCAUCUUCUCCUACAUGGGUCUUACGCUGUUCACCUUCCAGAAUCAUGUGUUUAAUCCGACAUUCAUAGUGGGAGCUUUUCUGGCUGUGUUCUUGGGAAGAGCUGCAAACAUUUAUCCCCUAUCUUUCCUCCUCAAUUUGGGAAGAAGAAACAAGAUUGGGACAAAUUUUCAGCAUAUGAUGAUGUUUGCCGGCCUGCGUGGUGCCAUGGCUUUCGCCUUGGCCAUUCGGGAUACGGCCACCUAUGCGCGGCAGAUGAUGUUCAGCACUACGCUUCUGAUCGUGUUUUUCACUGUCUGGGUAUUUGGUGGUGGCACCACAGCCAUGCUCUCGUGCCUGCAUAUUAGGGUUGGUGUAGAUGCAGAUCAGGAGAACUUGGGUGUGCCAGAAAAUGAAAGGAGAAGUACAAAAGCAGAAAGUGCCUGGCUGUUCAGAUUAUGGUACAAUUUUGAUCAUAACUACUUGAAACCUCUCCUUACACAUAGCGGCCCUCCUCUUACAACUACACUCCCAAGUUGCUGUGGGCCUAUUGCACGGUGCUUGACAAGCCCGCAAGCUUAUGAGAAUCAAGAGCAGCUGAAGGAUGAUGAUUCAGAUCUUAUUUUGAAUGAUGGAGAUAUCAGCUUGACAUACGGGGAUUCCACCGUGAACACAGAUUCCCUGACAUCUGGUACAUCUAGAAGAGCGGCAGGAAAUGGCUCCGAGGAUGCUCUGGACCAGGAGCUUGGUUUUGGGGAUCAUGAACUUGUCAUACGGGGUACACGCUUAGUUCUCCCAAUGGAUGACUCCGAGCCUCCUUCAAAUGUAGUAGAUAAUGCAAGACAUGGCCCAGCAUAAGAUCGCUGCUGGAUUUGACUCGCAGUCAAAAAAAAAUUCCAUGUAUGAUCAUGAAGAAAAAUGUACUACCUAUGACAAAAACCUACUGCAUGUCUCAGAAUGUCUAAGCUGUAUAAAUAUUAUUUAUUUAUAUGGUGUCAGGAGAAUAUAACUAUCCGUACGAGACGAUUUGUGAAGAGCAAGGUGUUAAUUCCUUAAGUUAAAAAAAACAAAACAAACUGCUCCUGGACAGCUCUGUGUAGGAUGGAACUGUUUCAGAACAUAAUUUUGUUGCGUAGAGAAGAAUUUUUUGUUUUAAAAAGAGUGGGAUGAAAUGUGUUGGGUAGCAAUCUUUUUAACUGUACAACAACAUUCUGCUUUGCUAUUGGCUUUCACAGUUCAACCCAAAGCUGAUGCUUAUCCAACAGUAGUGAGGAGGUCGGCAUUCUGUUGUUGGGCUUUUUUUGGCAGACCUCUUGCAGGUGGUAGAAAAGCAUUUAGCUACCCAAGAGAUCUGCUUCAGAGAAUGAAUGCUUUUGAUUCUUUAAGCACUCUUUACAAGAACUGCUGUAGAAUUCAGUGUAAUAGAACUUGUUGGCCUCUAUCUGACAUUUCUAAAACAACAGCCUUUACUUAUGGUCAGCUGACAGAAGCUGAAUUAGGACUGCAUUCAAGCUGUUGCUAGUCACUAGAUGAUGGUGUGUUGACAAGAGCAAUUUGCAGCUUCUUCCAACUCGAGUGGGAGAGGAGCACAACAUGGCCAAAGCAGAUACUUAAGAAGUCAGUUCUUGGAGUAUGUCGUUGCACUGAGAAGUGUUUUUGUUGUGUUUUGUUUUUUGUCUUAUUAAACAUUCAGUCUCACCUUGUCCGGUGUAGGAUCAAGGGCACGUUUCGAGCUACAAUACAGUUAGACCUUGCAGAAUACAGUUUCUCACAUAGAGGAACAGGCAGUGUUUCUAGAGCAGGUGAGAACAGCGUGAAGACAUUAUUGGGGUUAACUUCUAGCUCAGCAGGCUAUGCCUUUUAUUGUGUCAAAUUUUUCUUCUUAUUGCAUGGCUGCUAAGAAUACAGCUGAAGUUACUGGUCUGGUACAGUUCCACUUUACAUUAGGCAGUCUGGCACACACAAAGAAUUGAGACUCAAGGCAUUAAGUAUAUUAGGUGGUACUGAAAGAAUUGAGACUCAAGGCAUUAAGUAUAUUAGGUGGUACUGAAAGGGAGUUGUCUGUCCGUCCAUCCUGUAUAGUUGCACUUUUGUUUGGUAACUCCUUUGCAUGCUUGUGUGUCUAAAAAAACACCCUUGAUUUUUGUUCUUGCAUCUCUUUCCUAUUUAAUGAGAAAUGUUGGUAAGCUGCCUUUGUUUCUUUACCAGUUGUUACAAAAAAAAUUUGCCCGAGAAAGAGCACUGAACAAUUUACUGUUAUUGCACUUGAUAUAUUCAGCUUUGUUCUGCAGUUAUCUUUUUAAAAAAUGGUGUGGUGUGUGGUUUUGAGAAGCUGAGAAUUAUGAAUGUUUUGUUUUCUGCAUAGAAAACAGAUGCGGUAUGAAACCUUUACUGUGCACAAUUCCUCUAUUUUAUUUUUACUUUCAGACAUAGCCCCUGAUGGAUCUUCUUGUAAUCAGAGGUACCGUAGGGCUGUUACAGACUUAACAUUCAUUUCCUUGACAAGCAACAUACCACCCCACCUCACCCCCAAAAUGCAGAACCUAAUUGUGAUCUGAAGUUGUACAUCACAUUCGAGGUAUUUGAGAAGUUCUAGAACAGUUUCUUCAUUUGUGCUUUUGAUUCUUUGCAGGGCCUGUUCACAUGACUUUCCAAUGAGAAAUCUUGACCUAGUUAUGAAUGUUGAGUAUAAGCACACCUUUCUCUUCCAAUGAGGAGAAAGUAACUGUUGAAUUGGACGUUAGUGUCUUGGUCUGAAUGAAGGAUCUCGUCUCCAUGAUAAUUUACAUACUUUCUGGGGCUGACGGAUUUGAAUAAAUAUGCUGUGUGGCCUAGUUUGUGCAUUACUUUCUCUUCACGGUUGGGCCACAGGGGAGUUUGAGAUCUGUACCAAGUUCGAUUUCUUCCUAGGAAGGAGCAAAUGAACAGAGCCAACAUUUCUCACUUUUUAAAGAAGGAGGCUUUGCUUUCAUUUGCCUUUGGGCAAUUGGACCCAGUAUUUCCUGUGCUACCCCAGGACUAGAGGAAUACUCAUGCAAAAGUUACUAGCAGGUGGUAUGAUAUUACAGUCAAGAAAAUGGAUGACAUUCUUUUUUGUUUUAAGUUUUAUGUUCUCAGGUCUGGGUAACAUGCCUUAAGUAUACGUCAGUGCAAUGUCUGUUGUCCCCAGAAACAUACAUUCUCCUCUUCCUUGGUAAGAGCAUUACCAGUAAGCAUUUUAGGCACAACCAGCCAGGAUGCCUUUUGUGCAAGCCCCAAUGAAAUGAAGAGAAUUUCUCAAGGACAGCCUGAUUUUGUAGCUGUGUGGCUUGUGCCAGAAGUAGGACCUCCAUUGCACCUAAGAAAUGGCAGUUUUAAUUAUCAUAGAAGCUUCUUGUUGUUUAGUGCUGGUAUGUCUUUUCUUUUUUUUUUCCUGCUAUGCAGGAAUUUCAUGAAGAGGUGUGUGUUUGUCUGUGUGUGUUUUAUAUGAAGUCUGAAUCUUAACAUCAGAUGUUUAAAAAAAAGAAGCAUUUUCAUGGGUUGAGUUUUUUCUACAUCUUGUACAUUAAUGACUUCUUUUGUUCACCAACUUUUCAAAACAUGAGAAGACUGCUUUUUGUUUUUAAAACUUCAGAUGACUAAUAAACAGGUUUACAAAAGGCCCUCUGUAAAAUAUUGUCAAGUACACCUACUGUACCAAUCUGCUUCUAGGGAGAAGCUUCUAGGGGUUGGUCAUGCCUAACAUUUUAACUGAUAGGAGGAGGAUUUGCUUAUUUUUUCACUCCCGCUGAAAUCCUCUGACUCUUCCCUUAUGCUGUUGCUGGAAUUACCCUGUCCCCAGAGGCAAAAUUGUGGCGAGCAUUUGGUGUUGCGGUGGGAGAGCUGAGGUGAGAAAGUCACAUUCUGCUAAUAAAAAUCAUUAUGGGAAGGGUGAUUUUCAUUGAGAGUCAAACCAUUACCUUUCCCCACCCCUUUAAUCUGGAAGACUGCUUAUACUGAGUGGGUUCUUGAGCCCUGCUUGUACAAACAUCUUUGCAAUUAAAAAGAGAAGGCAGCAAUGUCAUGCAGAAUGCACAAUGUCAUGCCAUUUUCCCAGCAGGGUGAGUUUGAUCCUGGGAUGGACACUGGCCAUUUGACCCACUGGGAAACUUCCUGGGGAGGUACUGCUUUAAAGGGCCACUGGCACCAAGGAACAAGGAAAGCCAAGCCCCAGCAGCUACUCCAGUGCUUCACUUGGCUUGCACCUUUCUGCAAUUAUAGUGAUCAGAGAGCUCACCAGAUACCUUCUCCUAUCUAUACCAUUCACUAUCAGCAGUGGUGCAGGAAGAAAAUGCUAAGUUGACGCCAUUGGGUCUGUGUUGAGUGGAUCAUGCAGUACUGGAUCAUUGCACCCCACUCAAAUUGGCUUGUUCCUGGGCCGUUUAAAUUUCCUAGUCUACAUCUGUGUUAUGGUACUAUACUAGAUUUUCUGCAGAUGGAAGGCUUAGGGAUAUUCUGGAUGCAGAUAAACUUGGUACUGUGUCAAGUGCUCUGCUUUCUGCCUGGGGAGAGAUGGCCUACUCCCUUUAGUACUGAGUACAAAAACAUUCAUACAGACAGUGUCUCAGUGGUGUCUGCUUUGUCACUGGAAGUAGAAAUGAGACACUUAGAUGACCAAGUUGUUCAGUUAUAUGGCAAUUUGUUGAAGUACUGCAGUGCACAGGGAUAUAAAUUCUCUUGCACAGUGAUCACCUGCAACAGAUUGAGACUAAGGGGGAAACAUAGAUGUGCCAUUAGGUAGGCAGCGCUCAAUUAGAGGCUCUUCCCCAACAUAGUGGCAAUUGAAUGUACUUAAUUUCCUUAGGAGGAUUCCCUUUCUGACUUUGCUAACCUAAAGUCUGUCUCCAUUGUUUCUGUAGCUUAAUUAUGAAAAAAAAUGUAUAUAUGUAUGUGCCGUUGGAGUUGAUAAGGGAAUUCCUCAUACAUCCAUUUCCCCUGCACCAGACAGAACAUCUCUGCUAAACUGGAAUUCAAUUUUUGGUUACCUUCUUCCAUAAAAUAUUAAUACACUCCCAAUCUUUGUUUCAUACAUCACCUGUUUGGUAUGUUGAUGCCAACAUGCCACUGUAGUUCCAGAUCUUUCACGCCAAUAAUACAUUUUAUCUGUUUGUUGAAUUUAGAUUCUGUAGUCACAGUGGCUGUUUUGAUCCUCAGUUUUUAUUGCAUGUGAAUACUUUUUUAAAAAAGAGACUUUUAACAUUGUAACUAAAUAAUAAAGCCUAUGAAAUCACCGAGGGUUCAUCUGUGAUUUGCCAGAAAUGACUAACAAUGGUGUUUACUAAUUUCUUUGUUGUUGCAAUCUCAUGUUCCUUCUACUUCAUUUCCCCAAGGGGUCUGUGUAUCCACAGUUCUUAAUGACCUCAGAUUCAGCUUUGGGAACCUAUUACCUCUUAAGGCCAGGCAUAACAGCCCUUCUAGGCAGCCUUUGCCUCAGGGGCAUAUUCUUGAUUUAGAUUUAGAAAGGUCUUCUCCUUUAAAAAGUCUGUUCUAUAAGUCAAACUGACCUUUCCCCCUCCCCUGGAUCAAAAGAUUCAAGACAAGUACUCGUUUACUCUAAAUACUGUUGGAAUUGUCUGUUUUUAUGGUAUUAACUGCUAUAGUUGUGGUGUUUUUGUGAUUAUAUUCUUAAUAAGCAUAAUUGCACCUACUUUUUGUUCAUAAUGACCCCAUCUUUUAUUGUUACUUGCACUGUGAAAAAAAAGAAUCAUGGGCCUAUAAAAACAAGUUUGUUUCUU